AUGAAUAAAUUUUGUGAUUAUAAGUCUUGUUAAUUCAAUAUUAAGCAACCUACUAUAGAACAAAGAUCAAAGUUAACCAAAGUUAUGUGUCCUCUCUGUUUGGCAUCCAAUUACUGUAGUAUUAGAUGCAGAGAUCUUGAUUGGCCCAUUUAUCAUAAAGGAGUAUGUAAGAAAAGCUAAUCUGAGAGGGCCAAGUCAUGCAAUGAUACAAUGGAUUCCUCCUCAGCUGUUAGUGUCAGAAGAAAACCUGAAGAAUUCGAAAUUAUAAUAAUUGGCUCAAAAUAGGAGUUGGGAAGAGGGUCAUAUGGAUCAGUUAAACUAGUCAAAGACAAAUAGAAUGGAUAAUUAUAUGCUAUGAAAAUAAUGAACAAGAGACAAGUUUUUGAGUAUUGUUCAGUGGAAAAUCUAAAAAGGGAAAUCAAAAUACAACGCAAACUAUUUCAUUCGAACAUUUGCAAACUUUAUCAUUAUUUUGAAGAUAAAGAAAAUGUGUAUUUGGUUCUCGAAUAUGCUGAAAAUGGAUCUCUGUUUCAUUACAUCAAAAAGAGAACCAAAUUACCAGAAGAUGAAGCAUUUGUAUACUUCUUUUAGACUUGUCUUGGAAUUGACUAUCUGCAUAAAAACAAAGUAAUACAUAGAGAUCUCAAACCAGAGAAUCUUCUCUUAGAUAAUGAAGGAAAUGUGAAAAUAUGCGAUUUUGGUUGGAGUGCUGAGAGUUUGACAGAGAAAAGAAUGACAUUCUGUGGAACAUAUGAAUAUAUGGCUCCUGAAAUGCUGAAUAAACAACCACACGAUUUCAGUCUAGAUGUUUGGAGUUUGGGUAUCUUGUUAUACGAACUCUUGCAUGGUAAUGCUCCUUUUAGAGGCAGGAACAAUGAAGAAUUAUGCAACAAGAUAAAAUCAGGCUAGCCUAUUAAUUUUGCACCUACCUUAUCUCAUGAAGUUAUUACUCUAAUCAAAGGGAUCCUGAAGUACAUUCCAUCUGAAAGAUUCACUAUGGAUUAAAUCUUUGAUCAUCCCUGGAUGGUAAGACAUGCUGCUGCUCUAAAAAUUGACAUCUGGACUUAUGUUUACAAACCUCAAUACCCAACCAGAUAGAUUCCCUUAAUCAACUUUAAGUCUACAUCAAAACCCAUGGACAUACAAAAGAAAGAACUACAAGUUAGACCCAUGUCAUAGGAUUAUACUAAAUUCAAAACUCAAGAAUAAUAAUCCAAUUAUAAGAAUUAUUCUUAGAAUGAUUAGAUAAAAUAAGACGAUUUAAACAAGCAUAGAAUAACUAGAGUGUCUAAUAGAAACGAGAUCUUGCUCCAUUAAUACCAAUUAUAACAACAGUAAUAGGAAUAGAAAUUGGGAUUUAUGGAUAAGGUCUUCUUGGCAUUCGGCUGUUUGAAUAGAGAUAAAAAGUGA